UAGCUUCUCAAAGCUUUGUUGUCUUCUACCAUAUUCCAAUUACUACCUUUCCUUUCGCUUGACCUUUCAACGGAAAUGUAGUAAGGUGCCUGUUGGCGUGUAGACUUCCUUCUUUCAUUUCUGCCAAAGUAGAUGUUAUUUUUGACAAUCGGAUAAAACACUUGACCCAUUUUCAAAUAGGCAUACCUUUCUUGCCGCCUAAGUAGGGUUUGAGCGCAUAAUUCCUGCAAGGUCUCUUCAUGCAUGUCCUCACGAAGGGUGCCAAAUACUCGACGAUUCUAAUUUAAUAUUAUAAGCUAAUUAUGGGAAAAAGUAAUUCCAUGAUCCCCGCCGCCACCAAAGAAUGCAAAGCCAUUAUACCCGGGCCGGCAAGUGUGGAGCUGGGACAUCAAAUCCGACAUGCAUUAUCAAAGACAAAGAGUAAUCUUCAUCAGUACUCAUUUGGAAAUGGCGGUAAUUCCGGUGAGGCACACGGAAUGAAGCGCGCACUUCUUUGUGUUACUUACCAGAACAAGAAAUACAGCCUCAAAGGAACUGUUAAUGAUGUGAGGAGAAUGAAACUUUUGUUGAUGCAACGCUUUGGUUAUCGUCGGGACUGUAUUCGUAUCCUCACAGAAGAUCAAGCUGAUAGUGAUUUUAUGCCGACGAAGAAGAAUAUACAAGACUCGUUGAAAUGGCUUGUGGAAGGUUCGGAAUCGGGAGAUUCAUUGGUGUUCUACUUCUCUGGACAUGGCUUACGUCAACCUGAUUUCAAUGACGAUGAGAAAGAUGGGUUCGAUGAAACUAUCUGUCCGGUUGAUUUUAUGCAGGAAGGGAUGAUCCUUGACAACGAGAUAAAUUCCACCAUUGUUCGUCCUCUCAAGAAGGGUAUCACUCUUCAUGCAAUUGUCGAUGCUUGUCAUAGUGGAACCGUUCUUGAUCUCGAGUAUAUAUACGACCCACACAAGGACAUUUGGAAUGACAACAAACCUCCAUCGAAAGCAGACAAAAGUACAAGCGGUGGAUUGGCGAUUUGCCUGAGUGCUUGUGGAGAUGAUGAGAUGGCUUCCGAUACCUCUGCUUUCACCGGAAAGGAAAUGACUGGUGCAAUGACUUACAUCUUGAUCCAUAUUGUUGUGAAUGUACCUGAAAUAACAUACGGAGGCCUGCUGAACCAAAUGCAUGAGUGUAUCGAACAAGUAAAUAAUAAAAGAUGUCUCAGGGUGCCGUGCUUACGGAAACUUUUCGGCCGCAGAAAAAUAGAGAAUCCUAUGCUGUCAUCGUCUCAAGAGUUCCCGGUUUACUCGAAGAAAUUUUUGCUGUGAAUCAUAUAUACGUGCUGAUGGGCGAAGAUCAGCUAGCUAGCUGGAUGCAUGCAUGCAGCCUUCAUUGCCUGAUCGAGCAUAAACUACUACUUUUAGCUUUUCUUCUAAUUCCCAGAUCAUGUCAGAUGAUCUCUGCUGAAUUUUCUCGAUGCACGAGUUGGAUCAAUAAGUAGGUUCUUCUACAACCAGAAUGAGGAAAGAAUAAUCAAAAUAAGCCGUAACAGAUUGGAGGGCGGGUCGGUCUAUCCAUCAAAGAAUACAUGUUGUAAUUGAUAUGGUUAAUUAUUUAUGAAAUAAACCCCUGCUUUUGAUUUU